CAAUAGCAGAGCAGAGUGAGUGAGACCACAGUGGCGCGGGGUGGUGUGUUGUAGUUGGUCUAAAGCUUCCAUCUGACAGUCCGGUUUACUCUUCCCUAAACACCUUCUUGUUAUCUUUGGAUAAUACAUCACAAAGCUUACGGUAAACUUGUUUGUACAGGCUGAGAAAGAAUGUCAGCCAAGGCCAUCAGAGAGGUGACGGGGAAGGCGAUCCUCAACAACAACCUGCCCUCCCAGGUGUGUGCUGCCUGCCGCUUCGUCCCUGUCACCGACGACACCAACUGGGACGACCUCGUGAGGGACCACCCAUGGCUCAGGACAGAGAAGCUGGUGGUUAAGCCCGACCAGCUGAUCAAACGGCGAGGGAAACUUGGCCUCAUCAAAGUCGGGGCUGACCUGGCCGGCGUGAAGACCUGGGUGAACCAGCGAAUGAACAAAGAUCAACAGGUUGGUAAAGCAGUCGGGAAGCUCCGUAGUUUUAUCAUCGAACCAUUCCUGCCCCACGACCAAGGUGACGAGGCCUAUGUGUGUAUCUACUCUCACCGCCAUGGGGACACCAUCCUCUUCACACACGAGGGAGGAGUGGACAUUGGUGAUGUGGACUCAAAGGCUCUUAAGAUUGAACUGGGUAUUGAAGAGAAACCAACAGAAGCUCAAAUUAAAGAACAACUUCUUACUCAUGUUAAUGGCCCACGCAAAGAUAAAGCCGCAGCAUUCAUCAAGGCACUGUAUGACCUCUACGCUGACCUCUACUUCACCUACCUUGAGAUCAACCCACUUGUGAUUACCUCAAAAGAUGUCUACAUUCUGGAUCUAGCGGCCAAGUUGGAUGCCACAGCGGAGUUUAUGUGCAAGGCCAAGUGGGGUGAUGUUGACUACCCGCCUCCAUUCGGUCGUGACGCUUUACCCGAGGAAGCUUUUAUUGCUGACCUGGACGCUAAAAGUGGAGCAUCGUUAAAGUUAACUAUCCUGAAUGAAGGAGGCCGCAUAUGGACAAUGGUAGCUGGCGGAGGAGCAUCGGUCAUUUAUUCAGACACCAUCUGUGAGUUGGGAGGAGCUACAGAACUGGCUAACUAUGGUGAAUAUUCAGGAGCGCCAUCUGAGCAACAGACCUAUGAAUAUGCCAAGACCAUCCUGACUCUCAUGACCAAAGAAAAUCAUCCAGAUGGAAAGAUCCUAAUCAUUGGAGGAGGUAUUGCCAACUUCACCAACGUAGCAGCAACGUUUAAGGGCAUCGUACGAGCCUUGCAGCAGUUCCAGGUUAAGUUGGUUGAGGGGAAAGUUAGCAUCUUUGUCCGCCGUGCUGGACCAAACUACCAGGAAGGUCUACGUGUGAUGCGUGAAGUGGGUAAGACACUGGGUAUUCCAGUCCAUGUUUUUGGAAAUGAGACACACAUGACAGCCAUUGUGUCCAUGGCCUUGGGAAAAAGACCAAUCCCUAAGGAACCAACUGUGGAGAGUCACACUGCAAACUUCCUGUUGCCAGGAGGACAGAACACAGCAGCCUGUGCCACUACCAGUAGAGAAAUUACAAACCAAAACAGUUUGAAGGGUCCUCCUGCAGAAAUCUCGUAUCUGAAGGAAAUGUUUCCGACAAACAGAAAACGGCAAUCCCCUCGACCAGAGCGUAAGAUGGACCAUGACACUGAGGUUCCACCAGUGUCCAGCAAAAGAGACUCGACACAACUCUUCCACAAGGAAACAAAAGCCAUCAUCUGGGGCAUGCAGACACGAGCUGUACAGGGCAUGUUGGACUUUGACUUUGUGUGUUCGCGACCUGAGCCAUCGGUGGCAGCGAUGGUGUACCCCUUCACUGGUGACCAUAAGCAGAAGUUCUACUGGGGACACAAAGAAAUUCUUGUUCCAGUAUACAAGAGCAUGGCAGAUGCAAUGAAGAAACAUUCAGAUGCAGAUGUGCUCAUCAAUUUUGCAUCUCUACGUUCUGCAUAUGAUUCAACCAUAGAAACGCUGGGCUUCCCACAGAUCCGCACUAUUGCCAUCAUUGCUGAAGGAAUUCCAGAGAACCUGACUCGAAUCCUGAUUAAGAGAGCCAACGAAAAGGGAGUUUCCAUCAUUGGCCCGGCCACUGUAGGGGGGGUAAAGCCUGGCUGUUUCAAGAUUGGUAAUACUGGAGGCAUGAUGGAUAAUAUUCUGCACUCUAAACUUUAUCGGCCUGGAAGUGUUGCGUAUGUGUCACGGUCAGGUGGAAUGUCUAAUGAACUCAACAACAUCAUCUCUCACAACACUGAUGGUGUGUAUGAAGGUGUGGCUAUUGGUGGAGAUCGUUAUCCUGGGACCACCUUCAUGGAUCAUCUUCUCCGCUAUCAUGAUAACCCAGAGGUGAAGAUGCUGGUUCUCCUUGGUGAGGUGGGCGGUAUUGAGGAGUAUGAGGUGUAUGAGGCACUGAAGGAGAAACGCAUUGUCAAGCCCAUUGUUGCUUGGUGCAUCGGAACUUGUGCUGGUAUGUUUACUUCUGAAGUGCAGUUUGGUCAUGCUGGUGCUUGUGCCAAUGCUGAGCGGGAGACAGCUAUAGCCAAGAACAAGGCUCUUGCUGACUGUGGUGCCCAUGUCCCAGCUAGCUUUGAUGAACUGGGUGAGGAAAUCAGCAGAGUGUUCCAGAAGCUCCUGCAGGAGGGCAUCAUUGUUCCCAAGGAAGAAGUUCCUCCACCAACUGUGCCAAUGGACUUUAACUGGGCCAGGGAAUUGGGUCUUAUCCGUAAGCCGGCUUCCUUCAUGACCUCCAUCAGUGAUGAGCGAGGCCAGGAGCUGCUGUAUGCUGGCAUGCCUAUAUCUGCUGUCCUGGAGCAAGGUCUUGGAAUUGGUGGGACCCUGUCACUGCUCUGGUUCCAGCGUCGUCUCCCAACCUACGCAACCACUUUCCUAGAGAUGUGUUUGAUGGUGACUGCUGACCACGGACCUGCUGUUUCUGGUGCUCAUAAUACCAUUGUUUGCACUCGAGCUGGAAAAGAUUUGGUGUCCUCUUUGGUGUCAGGAUUGUUGACUAUUGGUGAUCGGUUUGGUGGUGCUCUGGACGGUGCCGCUCGUCAGUUCAGCGAAGCCUUUGACAAAGGUUUACUACCAAUGGAAUUUGUCAAUGAAAUGCGCAAGAAGGGGCAACUCAUCAUGGGUAUUGGUCACAGAGUCAAGUCACUGAACAAUCCAGAUAAAAGGGUUGAAAUCAUCAAGAAUUUUGUGAAGAAAGAUUUCCCCACCACUCCUCUUUUAGACUAUGCAUUGGAAGUUGAGAAGAUCACCACCAGCAAGAAACCAAAUCUCAUCCUUAAUGUUGAUGGCGUCAUAGGAGUAGCAUUUGUGGAUCUCCUACGGAACUCAGGAUCUUUCACGCCAGAAGAAGCCGAGGAGUACAUCAACAUUGGUGCCAUUAACGGUCUGUUUGUUCUCGGCCGAUCAAUGGGAUUCAUUGGUCAUUAUCUGGACCAGAAACGACUGAAGCAAGGUCUAUACCGCCAUCCAUGGGAUGAUAUUUCCUAUGUCAUGCCAGAACAUUACACUACUUAAAUCAUGAUAUUCCAAAUUGCCUUCUUGGAUUUUGUGGACACAGAUUUGCUUUCUUUGGUAUGAAGUGGUGCAAAUUGUAUAACAAAAUAUGCAUAUUACAUAAUUCAGAAGGACAACUUAAUGAUGAACCAGACCACAGUAUUGUAUAGUCUCGGUAAGUGUUUAAGCUUUUUGUUUAUCGAUCAUGAUACUGCACCUCAGACCUGGAGGCUGAAUGUUCCCAAUUGAAUACAAAUAAUUAAGGCUUGUUGGUUAUGUUUUUUAAUGAAGAAAGAUUCAGAACUAAAUGCUUUUGUCAUAUACUCGGUAAUUGUUAAACAAUGUAAUCCCCGAAAGGUUUUUAAUAAGCGAGGAUUAUUUAACUGGGUACAUGUAUUCUGUAAACACUCGUGUAAGUACAGUACAUAUAGACAGAAGUUUAAUUUAAAUAUUCUUUAUAAAAACAUCAGACCUUAGUAUAAUUUAUAAUUAUAUGGGGUUAAUGCAGCAGAUUUUUUACUGUUUUAAGUUUCUCUCGCAACAUGUGUCAUAGUACAGUAGUGUCCGUACUAUAGUACAGUAGUUCUUUGUUUGAUUUGUGUAAUGUUUUAGCUUUUUGUCAGUUUUAUGACUUACAAUUAUCAUAAAUUGCUGAAUCCAUGAAUUAUAGACAAGAAACAUCAAAUAUGGAAGUUUCAGAUAAGUUGCUGGAAGGAAAAUUUUUAAGUAGAACAUUGUAGAUGUGUACAAUAUACUGUAGUACUGUAGAUGUGGUUGGUAGUCUAUUGUUGAAAUAAAACUGUAAAAAAUCCAAGGAGCAUAACAUUUUUAUGUACUGUAAGUUCUUUUAAAUAAUCCAUCUAAAUUAUGCACAAAUAAUUUUAAGUUAUUGACUGGGAUGUACCAUCAGUGAAUAUCAAAAUAAGCAACACUGAAGCUGAUGGUUAUUAACCUUAUGGAACAACCAAAACUUUCUUAUGUUUGUAUAUUUGAAAACUCUUGAAAUAAUAUUGUUGUUGAUAUUAUUUGAAGAAUUGUUCACCAAACUUAAGAGUGACUUUGGUAAGUAGUUAGUGUUGCUUCAGUUUGUUCACAACUUCUUUUCUCUUUUAAAUUUGCUUUGGUUUAAAUACUUGGGUACAGUAUUGGAAGCCGUAUUUUAGUUUUUUAGUAAUAUGUAUCGUGAAUAAUAUAUAAUAACAUGGAUAGAUAGUGUUCUCCCAGUGAAUCCUGUGACAAUAUUGAUGUUGCACACAAGUUAGUUAGAUCUGCACUCAAAUCCCUCCAGUCAGUGCUUUAGACAAUUGUUUUGUCUUUCAAAAGAAUUCCUAUUAGAUAAAUGUAAGCAAGUUAUCAAGAACAAAGAAAACAAAAUUCCAGUUGGGUUCUGUGGUAUACAACAUGUAGUCUUUCAGUGACACAAGUGCAUAAUGUAAUUAUUAUUAUUAUGUCUUGAGGAGUCAUUGAAGGCCUCUUUGAUGCCACUGAAAGUACAAGGUAUUCAAUCACAGAAUUUGCUUUCACACCCAAAACAGUGAUUGGUGAACUUAAGACUCUGAAUGACCAGUUAAUACUGCUUGUUGGUAGUAUUAUCUGCCCUUUAGCCUUGGUAUAUAAUCAUUUUUAAAGCUUAAUAAUUUAUGGAAUACAACUAUGAACUGAAACCAUGUCACUUUUUUUUAAUACAUACUAUACAAUGGGUGUAGAAUUCAGGUUCUCAUGUCAUGUGGAACUCGUUUUAAAGGAUUUUUCAAGGUGAUUACACUCGAGUUUAAAUUAAAGUCAGAGGGAACAAAUCUUUGUUGUAGCUCGUUAACACGGCUCGGCUACUGGAAGUCACGUAGUAAACGCCUGUGAGUUGUCUCACACUCCCCAAUGCUGCUAUGGUGUAAAUCUCUUACUGUGAAUAAAUUGCUUUUUUUGGUGCUGUAUUCAAUUGUUUUAGUUUUGUUAUUAAAAUUUUAUCUGAGUACAUUCCAUAUUUAUAUUGGUGUUAUGGUUGUGUGGAGGAAUUAAUGUAAUGUCAGGUAAAAUAAAGCAUUUUAGUUUUGUAGGGA